CAUAAGCAUCUUCACACACAAGCAGAGAGAGAAAGAGAAAAUAGUUCACAUGAGAUGGCCAAAAACCAAGCUUUAUGUAAUCAUGUAGAAGAUGAUUAUAUUGAUUUAGAGGUUAGUUCUUCCUCAAAGUUCUUGUGUUACUCCAUCAACUCUCCACCACACAGCAGGGAGUUUGAGUUCCAAAUGUGUUCUGUUUCUCAUGACAGAGAGUCCACAACUACUCCUGCCGAUGAUCUUUUUUAUAAGGGUAAACUCCUUCCUCUUCACCUUCCUCCUCGUUUACUAAUGGUUCAAAAACUCACUACCUCAGAGAAAAAAACACAAGAUUCGUCUGAAGAAAGCUGUGUCAUUCCGUUUGUUACUAGCUCUGGUACUACUGCAACUAAUACGAGUACCCCAUUAGAAUCUUGUAAUGUUUCGCCGUCAGAGUCUUGCAGAGUUAGUAGUGAAAUAAACCCAGAUGAAUACUUCUUUGACUGGUCGACUGAAAUGAGUGGUUUCAUUGAUGGUGAUCAGUCAAAGAAGUCUUGGAACAGAAAGCUCAAGCUGAUUAAGAAAUCUUCACUGGGUCAAAAGCUCAAAGCAUCGCGGGCAUAUCUCAUGUCUUUGUUUGGUAAGUCCGGCUGUUCGGAUGAGUUCUGCGCCAAAGCAGCUUGUGAUGUUGAGCCAGAAAAUAUUUCAAAAGGCAACACUUGUUUAAGCAAGUCCCCGUUUGGAAAAAUUGGUAAUGAUAGAUACAAGAUACCUACUACUUUCUCCAAGAACAUUAAAAAGGAGAUGGUUGAGGAUGGUGCUAAUAAUGUCCACAGAAGGUCCUUCUCAGGAGCAAUUCAAAGGCAUUCUGCAAUGAAGUGUUUAUCUUCAUCAACAUCUACAUCUUCAUCUGGUUCUUCUUCAUCUUCAUCUUUUUCAUUCAGUUCACUCAGGUUUUAUGAUUUACAGUUGCUCAAGAGGAGUAGCAGUGCGAAUUCGGAGAUCGAAAAUUCAAUCGAGGGAGCAAUUGCUCACUGUAAACAGUCUCAGCAGUUAGGGGUUUGUUCACUAUCUGCUUCAAGGAUUUCAGUCUGUGGAGACCAAGAAAGACCUAAACUUUGCAGCAUAUGAAUAUGUUACUAAUAAAAAGUGGAAAAAACCACCAUGAAGGAGAAAGAGGUAUCAUUUACUGAACCAGAGUUGUUGAUCAUAAUACUGUAAUAUUAUGUGGAAAAAACCACUGAAGUCUUUUAUUUGUUCAAUAAAGGUUAAAUCCUACAUGUUUAGUUAUCGGAGGUUUUAU